AUGUUCGUUGAACUCUUUUUGUGCCUCAUCACAUACUGUUACAUACUACAAUGUAAAGGCUUACAAUUUAGUAAAUAUAAAAAUAACUUUUUAAACAAUCUGCAUAUAAAAAAUGUCAUACAUCAUAAAGAAGUCUCCCAUUUGAAAAAGAGAAAAUACACACACAAUGGCACAUUGCAUAUAUCAGACAAAAGACGUGGUCAGACACUGCUAAGUAGGAGGAGAAAGUGCACAUGGGAGUAUGGUCUUUCCAAGUGCGACCAGCAAGGUGAGGCGAAUCAUCAGGGGGAUGACAAGGUAGAUUACGAAGUGGGUGACGAAAUGGAUGACAAAGUAGAUGACGAAAUGGAUGACAAAAUAGAUGACGAAGUGGAUGUCCAAGUGGAUGACGAAAUGGAUGUCCAAGUGGAUGACGAAGUGGAUGACGAAGUGGAUGUCCAAGUGGAUGACGAAAUGGAUGUCGAAACUGAUGUCGAAACUGAUGUCCAAAUGGAUGACGAAACUGAGGAAUACCCAGCAGCGGAGAGAGAGAUGUACGAAAAGCUGUUCAACGUCGAAGGAGAUGAAGAAGAUAGGAUGUUGUCACCCAAGUAUAACAUGAAUAUGUAUAAUGUGCUCGAAAAGAAUUAUGAAGAGAAAGAAGAUAACAAAGUGAUUUUAACAAUCAAGAGUUUACAGUACGAAAUAAAUAAUAAAAAACUUAUAAGUAAUUUGAAUUUGCAGUUACAUAAAUCAGAGUGUGUUGGUUUGAUAGGUAACAAUGGUUGUGGAAAAACUACGCUCUUAAAUUUAAUUUAUGAGCAUUCAAACAAUAGCAAUAAAAGCAUAAUUCUAAAUAAUAAAGUUUCCACUGAAAAAGUGCAAAAUUUUACCUUAAAUGAGGAAAAUUUAAACAGUAUGGUGAAGAAAAAUAAAUUUGAUCAUCUGUACAAAAUAUUAUCAUAUAUGAGAAGGAAUUCAUUCGAUUUAUCUGCAUUUCCGUUUGUUAUAAAAAAUAAGAAAGUUUCUGAUUUUGAACAAAUGAAGAAAAAAAUGGGUACGAAUACGAAUCUCUUUUAUAAAAAUGAUGUAUUUUAUUUUAAACAAAAUAUUCACCUUUUAGAAAAUAACAAUUUAACAGUUUUUGAAAAGGUACUAAAGUUUUAUGAACCCAUUUUAGACAAAUAUGAAGUGUUAUGUUAUAUUGAAAGCAACAUAAGCAAAUACAAAAAAUUUGACACUCUUAAAAUGUUUGAUAUAGAGGAGGCAGAAGAAAAAUCUAACUAUCCCCCUAGUGAACUAACUAAUAAACAGUAUCGAAAAAGGGUUAACAGAAAUGGAAAAAUGAAUAAUAAUGGUUGUAGUAGUGGUACCUCAUUGAGUACCUUGACAAAAGAGGAAGAUUCAAACUGUCCAGGGAUAAUGGCUCAGUUUGGCUGUAUCUCCACCGAUAGUAAUGGUAACACAAGAAAGAAGGAAAAAAAAAACGAAGACGAUGUGAGAGGAAGACAAAUAGGAGUAACCGAAACAGUAACACAAGGGGAAGAUGACCAAGCGGAGGAGUCAUUCGCUCAGUCAAAAUAUUUCGAACUAAUAAUCCAAUUGUACAUGAACGAGAAGGAAAAUGUUUUCAAAGAGUUAAAUCAAGUAAAAAUGAACUUUCAUAAAUACAUAAAUAUUUUAAAUUUGAAAAAUUUCUUGCAUGUGAAACUACGAGACAUGAGUAACGGGUACAUCAUCCGCGUGUACUUGUUGCUGCUCCUUCUGAGCAAAUCUAAACUACUAUUAAUAGAUGAAAUUAAUAAUAACCUAGACAUAUUCAAUAUUUUUUUUAUUAUGAACAUAUUUAAUUAUUCUUUGAAAUAUAAAGAAAUUGGAAUAAUUUUAGCUAGUCACGAUUUUUUUCUAGUGAGCAAAUUGUGUAACCGUAUUUUAGACUUCAAUAAAAUUUAUGGACACGAUAUAGAUUUUAGUAAUAUAGCACAGUUAAAAAAAAUGAACAGAAAUAUUAAUAGCAUAAAUCAUUUUGAUGAUGUACAAGAACUACAAAGAAGAAAUGAAAACGGCUCGAAUACUACAUUUUUUAAGGGGAAUUACACUGAAUAUUUACAUAAUAUGAAAAUUUUGUUUGAUCAUAGGAGGAAAAAAAAGGAAGAAUUGAAAAGAAUUAUAGACCAAUUAAGUACUACGAUAAACCAAGCGAAAAAGAAGAAAAAUAAAGAAUUUAUGCAUCAAUCUUUGAAAAAAAAAGAAGAAGAUUAUAAAUUAUAUCAAAAUAUAUAUUCUCUCUUUUUUGAUAAUCAAUUGAAUUAUCAAUAUAUGUAUUAUAAUUUAAUAUAUAGCAAGAAAAAUGAAAAAAAUUCAAACAAAUUUGCAGUAGAAAAUUUUAAUACAAAGGAAAGUGCACAUCAACAGUUCAGUUCUAGGGAGGGAAACACAACUAAAGGAGAUAUUCAAACGAAUAAAGGGAACGGAAAAAAUGUGAAGUAUCACAUCACACACAGUGAUUCAAAUUGUAGUGAUGGGCAUCUGGGCAGAACAGGGACAAGCUUCGAUGGAAGCAUCGGCAAGAACGUUGAUAAUUACUUGGACAAGUACUGCAACAAUGACAUGGGGAAUAACUCACCGAUGCAGCUAGAGCAUGAGGAGGAAGAAGACGUGAAAACGUUUGUUUACAACAAAAUAAAGGAUGUAGAAGGAAGCAUGAAUAAGAAUGUUCUAAUCGAUAUGAGCAAAAAAAUUAAAAACAAUGAGCUGAUAGAAAUUGGAGAAAAGUAUGGAAAAAACAACGUAUCCCUGUACGAGUUUGAGAAUUUUUCCUUUUAUUUUUUAAAUAAAAAAAAAAAAAAAAAAUACAUUUUUAAAAAUAUGAAUUUAAGUAUAAACAGCGGUGAAAAUGUUCUUCUCUUGGGGAAAAAUGGAAUUGGAAAAUCCACUCUUUUCAAAAUAUUGACGAAUAAGUAUAACUUUCAGAUGAGGAAAGAAGGAGGUAGACAUCAGAGAAGUAUAUAUGCAUACGGAGAUGGUGAAGAAAUAAUGGACGAAGAAGAGGAAUCUGAUCAAAUGCUAAAUAGAGAAAAUAUAGGAACAAGAGUCUGUAAAGAAAAAGUGGCAAACUUUGAGGGUAACAUAAAUUGCAACUUUAACAAUGUGCUGUUAACAUACUUUGAGCAGAAUAUGAUUAAAAAAUUAAACUUAGAAAUUAACGACUAUUUUAGAUAUUUAAUUGAGAAGGUGAAUUAUGAACCAAUUCAUUUUGAUGACAGUUUAGAAAUAGACAAUGACAGUAUCAUGAACAGUUAUAAUUACAACAAUCGAGAUGAUUAUUCGAAUGAAGAACACUUUUUAUUUUACGUUCUAAAUAAAACGAAACCUUUUUGCAAUGAGCAAGAUGUGGAAAACAUUGAAGAGAAAAUAAAAGCGCUGCUAAAAAUAUUUUAUAUUGAUAGCUCAACACGUUUGAAAGAAAAAAGCGGAGGAGAGAAAGUGCGUAUAUUACUUCUUUCUCUAUUUUUAAAAAAAUCUAAUUUAUUAUUAUUAGAUGAGAUAAACAACAAUUUAGAUAUUUAUUUGAAAAAUCUCUUGUUAAAUUUUUUAAAUUUUAUAUAUCAAGGCAGAUAUAUAUUAACAACUCAUGACUUUUAUAUUAUUAAAAAUUUGAACAAUCUUCAUAAAAUUAUUUAUAUUUUUGAUUAUGAAAAUGUCUUUACAUUUUACAAUGUGCAAGAUUUUAUUCAAAACUUUUAUCACUUCAUUUUGAAUUCGUUUAAUUCGUUCCAUAUGUUCAACGGUCAUGCAAAUAAGACAAGGCGUGAAUUUAAUCAAUCAAUUGUUCAGAACAAUAUUUUGCACGACAGAAUGAAACACCAGAUUAGUCCCGAUUUGGUGCAGGAGCAAAAUCAGGGGCAGACUCAUGGACAGAAGCAGAAAAAUGGUUAUUACCACAACAUGAAUACAGCCAAGUCGAGUCAACACGACAACGACAAAAAUAAUGUUGUUCAAAAGAAUGAGAAAAUAGAUGCAUCAUUUUUUUAUGAACGUAAUAAUAACGGGCAAGCAAGUGUAAACCCAGUUGAAGUGGAAAAAAAAAAAAAUUUAGAGAAUUAUGAUAAAAUUCUAUACGAUAAUCAUGAUUAUGAAAUAUUGCAAUUCUUAAAAACACAAUAUGAUAAAGAUAGAAAUGAAAGAAAAAAUUAUGAACAAAUAAAUGAUAAUAUGCAGGAGGAUGAAAUUUUCGAAAGUAAAAAGGUGAAUAAAAAAAAUUUUGGAGGAAAGGGCUCAUCUGGGAAAAUAAAAAUAAAAAAUUGGAAACGUUGGAAAAAAUGA